CCCUGUCCGCCGCUACGUCAGAUGGGAAGGGCGAUGGCGGUGUUCAGGUAAGUGCGCCAGUGUGUGAAGGCGACGCACAGAGGAGUCACUGUGCGCAGCGUCGGAGAGAAUACAGCAGGAGACCAGCUGCCACGUUCGUGAGUCGUCAAAGAACGACUUGAUAAAACAGUAACAAGAGCGCGUGAACUGUUGAUAAUUGAAAGCAAAAGUGACGAUUGUUCCUCUAAACUUGAUAGCUCCGAGAAUACAACGAAAUCUGAUUGUUACUUCUGUUUUUGGGAAGUUAAAGCGGAGCAUCUCCACCGUCAUGUUCAGUUGGGUGAAUAAGGAACAAGGAGGGAGAAACAAGGAGGGCGAGAUGUAUCAAACAGUAACGGAGGGACUUCAAGCUCUUUAUUCAAAGAAAUUAUUACCGUUGGAGGAAACGUACCUUUUUCAUGAUUUCCACUCUCCGGCUUUGGAGGCAGCAGAUUUCCAGAGCAAACCAAUGGUCCUCCUUGUCGGCCAGUACUCCACUGGGAAAACAACGUUCAUCAGGUACCUGCUGGAGCAGGAUUUCCCAGGGAUGCGGAUCGGCCCAGAGCCCACCACCGAUGGAUUCAUCGCCGUCAUGCACGGGGACACCGAGGGCGUCGUCCCUGGAAACGCCCUGGUCGUCGACCCCAAGAAACCCUUCCGUAAACUUAACGCCUUUGGAAACUCCUUCCUCAACAGGUUUAUUUGUUCCCAGAUGCCUAACCAAGUGCUACAGAGUAUCAGCAUCAUCGACACUCCGGGCAUCCUGUCUGGAGAGAAGCAACGCAUCAGCAGAGGCUACGACUUCUCCGAGGUUCUGCGCUGGUUCGGCGAGCGCGUGGACCGGAUCAUCCUCCUGUUCGACGCCCACAAGCUGGACAUCUCCGACGAGUUCUCUGAGGCCAUCAAGGCGUUCCGCGGGCAGGACGACAAGAUCCGCGUGGUCCUCAACAAGGCCGACCAGGUGGACUCCCAGCAGCUGAUGCGUGUCUACGGCGCCCUCAUGUGGUCGCUUGGCAAGGUGAUCAACACGCCGGAGGUGGCCCGGGUCUACCUGGGAUCUUUCUGGGCCAAGCCGCUCCAGAACUCCGAAAACCGCCGGCUAUUCGAGGCGGAGACCCAAGACCUGUUCAGAGACAUCCAGAGUUUGCCGAGGAACGCCGCCUUGCGCAAGCUCAACGACCUCAUAAAGCGAGCCCGCCUUGCUAAGGUGCACGCCUACAUCAUCAGCUACCUGAAGAAGGAGAUGCCGUCUCUGUUUGGGAAGGAGAAGAAGAAGGAGGAACUGAUCAUGAGGCUUCCAGAAAUCUACACACUGCUACAGAGAGAGCACCACAUCUCCCCUGGAGACUUCCCCAACGUCGGCAAGAUGCAGGAGCAGCUCCAGCACUACGACUUCAGCAAGUUCCCCUCCCUCAAGAUCAAACUGAUCGAGUCCGUUGACAGAAUGCUGGCCAACAAGAUUUCAGGCCUGAUGACCAUGAUCCGUGAUGAGGAGAGCAAAGCCCCGCCCCCGAUGGUGUCAGGCGGGGCGUUCGAGGACACUCAGGAUGGCCCGUUCGGACACGGCUACGGCGAGGGCAUCAGCGCCGGCGCCGACACCGAGGACUGGAUCGUGAGCCGGGAUAAACACAAGUACGACGAGAUCUUCUACAUGCUCAUGCCCGUUAACGGGAAGAUCGCAGGCGUCAACGCCAAGAAGGAGAUGAUGAACUCGCACCUGCCCAACACGGUGCUGGGAAAGAUCUGGAAGCUGGCGGACUGCGACAAGGACGGGAUGCUGGACGAUGAGGAGUUUGCCCUGGCGCAGCAUCUCAUCAAGGUGAAGCUGGAGGGGUACGAGCUGCCGGCAGAGCUGCCUUCACACCUGGUCCCCCCUUCACACCGCAAGAACCCCACUGCAGACACCCUGUACAACCACGAGGAGGACUAGUCAACACGCUGAUUAACCUUCUUAUUAACAAACUCACGUCCGGAGAGUGCACAGGUUUGGUUAGAAUGUCAUUCAUGUGUUGGGAAUUUAAGAAUAAGAGCAGGAUUUUCACAAUAAAAGCCUCCCCUUAAUUGACUCCCUGAUGAGGAGUAAACACCCAACUAACUGCCACAUACACAUGCAGUGACUGUGAACAUGGAACCAAAGCCUUACUUUGUUACUGAUUGUCUUUGCUCACUUUUUGACAUUUACUACUUUGCAUCCAGAGAUUAGUUUAACAUAUCGAGGAUUCAAACGUCAAUGUCAAAGUGAAUUUAUGUUUUUUAUUGUCUUGAAUGUGUAAUCUACUGUCAGAAAAUAUACAAUGAGAAGUGAACCUUUUAAGCGCUCCCCAACACGUGUGUUUAUUUAACAUCCCUCGAGUAACUUCCUGUCUAACACUCAGAAACAGGAAGUUAGUGUGAUGGACUGUUGCAGGGUUAGAGAGCAUGUCCUCCUGUUUUAACAGCAGACAACAGAGGAACAGGCUAUUAACUACCUGAACAUAAGAGUACACACAGAGAGAAAAUACAUUCUGUCUCUCUUCACAUCACUUAACUGCUAUCACUGUAAAAUAUUCCUGUAGGCCUUCAUCCAGAUUGUGCAUUGUUUUUGAGUAACAAAUUAACAUUACUAUAUCUAAACCUAUGAUGGGAGUUAUAUCCUUGAGGACACAUAAGUCACACACAAAGCUUGCCUUAAAGCCAUGUGCCUAAGCAGAAAUGCCAGGUCUGUAACCUUUUUUUCAGUUGGCCAGAUAUACCUGUAGCAGAUUUGGAUGAAGAAGAAGAAGCAAUUAAUUAUGAAAAUAUGCAAAUUAAAAAAAAUUAAUUUUUGGAACAUGUUACAUUUUAUAAUGUAUUCAAUAAUGUUUCUUUGAUAAUCCUCAAUUUUUACGUUUUUGUUUAGUUGAAAUGUUCUUAGUCAGCCUCACAAACUAGUGGUAUCAUGGCCCAUUCUGGUCUUUGAUGGGAUGUUUCUUAUGAUGUUAUGCUGAACUGUCCUCAGGCUAAACUGAUCCUCUCAGAUAUUUUCCAGUGCCCCUGGGAAAUGAAUUGAUACAAUAUAAUUCAUGGAUCUCAGUCCUUUAUCUUGUACAGCUUCAACAUUGUAGUAUUUUGCCAUUGUAAAUGACUGUUUGUGAAUACUGAUUAAACAAUCGCGCUGUA